AAAAUGAAAAAAAAAUUAAAUUUAAAAAUUUUUAAAAAAAUGUGUAUAACAAUAUAAAGAAAGACUUUUUUUAAGUUGGAGUAAAAACUGUGAUAAUUUGAUUUACGAAAUUUUUUUGAAACAAAAUUUUCGAUAAAUUGUAAAAUUUUUUUAAAUUCGCGUAAAUUGAAAAAAGGAAAAAAGAAAAGUAUUUUGGAAGACUACUGCAAAAAUUUUUAACUUAACCCAGCAAGACUGCUAUCGCAACUAUUUGGUUUUGAGUUUGUUUUUUUUUAAUCAUCUUCACUAAAAGAAUCCAACGCCAUUGAAUAUAAGUUUGCCAUCAAAUUAAAACACUACGUCAAUUAUCAAUAAUGGAAAAGACGGAAAAGAGAGCCAAAAUCACUCUACCGAACGAUAAAUCUUCAAAAACCACAAUCGCUGACAAAACUGUAAAGAUUGCCGGAGGUGACAAACUAACGCCUAAAGGCAAAUCUGCUGCAAAGUUGGCGAAAACGGGAGCUGGUAAAGGAAAAUCUCCGGGAGGAGAAGGAGCUGGUGAUGCUGAUGACCUUGAUGCCUGGAUUAAGUCGCGUCAACUACUUAAACCGGACGAUCAACUAGAGCUGACAGAAGCUGAACUUGUGUACAGUUUCAAGGAGGGCACUUUUGUUAAGAUUCCACCCGCUGGUAAUACGGUCACAAUAUUUCAAUAGGCUGGCGAAGUAAGUGAACACCUAACACACUCACAUUCACUACACAAUCACUUACACCUUAAAAAUUUAUAAAGAUUCUAUAGGGUAAAAUCACUUUCAUGAACCCCCCAAUUUCGGCGAGCUAGUCAGAUAACGUUAAGAGCCCUUUGAGCUGCUUUGCAUGCUACACAGCUAGGAUUGUUAUGCUAGGAAGAUGGGUCGCCGAAUUUUUUCGGCGAUUUAACAUUGUCUUCAUUAAUCAUGAUUAGUCUGUUCUCCGAAGUAAUUGAAAUGUGGUUUCAGGUAGGAUUGUUAUGCAAGGAAGAUGGGUCGCCGAGUUUUUUUAUUUAUUUAAAGAGAAAUUUUAAAUCGCUAAGUAAUAUUUGUAUUAUUAUAUCUUGCUUAACCUGCUCAACACCGAUGCUAUAAGACAUCCUAUUGCGAUACUAAUAGAUCUUUACUACUAAUAGAUCGCAAGUCAAGUGUGAAGAAGAAAAUAAAAGAGCGAUUGAUUCGCUUGGUUUUGUCAUUAAACAGAAUGAUUAUUUUUAUCGAAUUUUUAUUCAUUUUUAUAUUAAAAUUAUUUCAUAUCCUAGCAGCGUACAAUAAACAGAUGUAAGGGAACAAUCCAAAAGGGAUGUUGUGCUAACACAUACUUAAAAAUGUGUUGCUUGCUGCAGCACGAUCACAACUAUGUCUAGUGUAUUUAGACGGUUUAAUAGCAUUUUGUGACUUUUCCAGAUCAUUCACUCUAUUGUUGUUUUUUUGUCUAUUUGUUCGACGAUUUCCUGGCAUUUAUUCACUUCUUAUUUCAUGUUUUUCAUUUUACCAGUAAAGCCCUCAUGAAUUUUAGACACAUGGUCGCUGAACUUUACCUCUGUUUCAUGAAUUGCCACUUGCAGUCGAGCAGCGCUGGCUAUCACUGGCAGCUGUUUUUGGCGGCACUUUGAUUAGUAUUUCGAGCACGAUUUGUUGCCUAUUUAUCACUACAGAUUUAUUAGGCGCACUUUUUACUAUUUUAAAUUAAAUAAAAUAGUUAUUACUAAACAACAUGCGGAGCCGCCAUAGCGCUCCAUUGUUUGCGUUUUUUACUGUUAUCACUAUCGUUGUUGAGCGUAAUAUAAUUCCUUUGUUCGUUUCUUUCUUUGACAUCUUUCUUUCCCUCUUUUUUGUUCUUUUCUUUUCCAAUGGAUA